UCUCCAUCUGUCUGCCCCCUCAUGAUGUCCCUUCCUGAGCCGUUUGUCGCCGAGAAGAAUUACACUGUGCGGAUCGGCGAGUCCUUCAAAUCCCCGGGCUCCGUUUCGUUCCACCAUCUCAAAUAUGCAGGUGCCCUGAGAGCAGGCUCUGGGCUGCCUCCUGAUGAGGUUGCGAUCGAGGCAAAAACGAGCAAGUUCUUUGUCAAGACACCGUCAGAACCGUCAAAGCCUGGUCCAACCUGGUUUGCAGGCUCGUCCAAGCACUCUGUGGAGCAAGAGUUUGUUCUCCUGUAUGACCCGGUGACAGAGACCUUUGUGCUGGAAAAGCUCGAUACCACCAUAUCGUCGUUCAAGGCUUCCAAGCCUCCGGCUGGCUGGACCGCAGCUGCAUCGAGAGAUACCGCAAGCAUCUCGGGCGCACAUGGCCUUCAGCUCCCCACGCUCGCCAACCGCGGGCCAGAGCUCACCCACAACGACCUCGUUCUGCCAAGCGCCGCCAUACCGGGUACAUCCGACGGACCCGGCGAUCGAGACAUCGGGGUCACAAAAGUCGAGGCCCCAGCCCUGGCAGAUACCCAUGAUGUCGACAACAGCCACGAUCCUACCUCCGAGGACGACUUUUUAGACGACAUCAUCGCGGACGCGAUCAGCCCAGGAGACAAUGGCGAUCACGAUAUGAGCUUCGCCGACGACACCAUCUUUGAUGAGUCGCUAGGCGACAAAGACCUUCGCGACUCUGAAGCGGCCAGGCUCUCCGAACCAGCGCAUGAUAUUCUGACCAUUUCCAGUCCUCAAGAUCGCCGGGAACCCCCCCAGUCGCUCACCGUUGCCCACACACUCCAGAGCAAGCCCAAAUCAGGCGAAAUACGCUCCCUGGUGAACUUGUUAAAAGCCAACGACGAAUCGGAGAGCAGCAGCGGCGAUAGCGACAGCAGCAGCGACAGCAGUGGCAGCAGCGGCAGCGGUAGCGAGGAUGGCGGAAGCAGCAGCAGCGACAAUGACAGCGAUUAGAGAUGAUGGUGCUCUGUUUCACAACUGCGAUAUAGGGUGUACCGAGCUUGUACUGAUCUUGUGGACAAUCAGACUCAUUCAUCACUCAAAUGCCCAUGUCAAAGCACAUAUCUGCGUCGCGAUGCCUUGGCGAUGGUGUGAGAACUUGGGCGUUCCU